UCCGUUCAACUUUUUAAGUUAAAAAGAAAAAAAAAAAAAAGAAAAAAAAAUUGUUGGAAGUCUGUUUGCUUUAUUACCUUCUUUAAAGAAGAGUAUGAUUCAUCUACAUCUAUGGAAAAUUGAGAAGUUCCAUUUAACUAUAGUUUUUUUCCAUGAUUAUCACUUCCUCUCUUUCUCUCUCUCUCUCUUUUUAUCGUUAAUUUCCUUUUUUAUAUUUCCUCUCUCUCUCUCUCUCUCUCUCUCUCUCUCUCUCAUCUCACAUAAAUCUGUUAGAUUUCUAAUGCAUAUACGUGUCUCAUCUUUUCACCGCGAAAUCCUCUAUAAAAAAAGAAAACAAGAUAAUCGAUUAAUCGGCAAGUUUUAUUCCAUUGUUGAGUCACGUGGUUUUCUGCACGCCGGAUGCUGGCGGUCGCAUUCAAAACGACAAAAGUGCACGGACCUACUCGAUGCUAGUUCAUUUCACGUUCGUUCAUCGUCGGAUGUGAAACGCGAAAUGUUUUAAUUGCUACGACGUUCUUAUACGUUAACGAUACUUCGUUCGUUUUGUUCCGCGUGAAGAGAAAAGAAAAAGAAAUUUUGCAAAGAAAUUAUCUAUGGGAUCUCACGUGUCUAUUCGGGAUAUGCGUUUGCUUGUUGGAUUUAUUGGAUUUUUCAAAAUGACCGUCGAUGAUACGAGAUGCAUCGGAUAUACGGAGACUGAGAAAACGUGGGAAAACAUUCGAGAGGCUCUUCUACGAAAUAGGAUCUCUCUCAAGGUUACUGCGAUACGUUUGUCCUCGAAAAAUAUGUCCGAAGUUCUUCCACUCGUCGUAUCGGACGAGAAUACGUCUGACAUCGAUCCUCGUAACAUGGUUAAUCUCGAGGUAGGGUUGCCUGGAGACACCUGGUGGUAUCGUGUAGAGAGGGAACGAUUGGCCAAAAAAUGUGAAUGGUUUCGUGCAAUGCUUAUGGGACCCAUGGCACCAGAACGAACCGAUCCUCCUCCGCUUGUAACUAUAAAACAUUUCGAAAAACGAGCGUUCGAUCAUUUUCUCAGAUAUCUCAACGACGAGCCCAUUAUCUUUCAAUCAGUAUCAACUGCAAGAGCAACACUCGAUGUAGCACAUCAAUAUCUCUGUUCGGAUCUCGCACGUUUUGCAAUAAAUUAUCUCGAAGAGAAUUUAGAUUCCUCGACCGUACUCGAAAUCUAUGAAAAUCUUAAUCUUUAUGCAAACAAUUUAUCUCCUUCUACAUCUCAAGAUAACGAUAUGGAGGAAUCAUCUAAUAGACCUUCAGCACCGCCUGCAUCUGAAGAUGAGGCUAGUGAAAUAGCUGCAGCCUGUACCGAACUUCUCCUUCGAUGUUUGAGUGUCAUCGAUGCAGAUCCUUCAACUGUACUUCUUCAAGAACGUUUCGAAGAAUUGAAUGCCAAAGAAAUUAAGGAAAUCGCGUGUCGUGAUACAUUGAGAUUACCUAACGAAGCUAUUCUUUUUGCUGCACUCGAUAGAUGGGCUGCAUCGAAUUGUAGAAAACAUGGUAUCGAACCAACAUCAUCGAACAAAAGAGCUUCCUUAUCGGAUGAAGUUUGGUAUUCUGUAAGAUACUUACUUAUGACGGAUAGGGAAUUCAUCGAUGGUCCAAUGGCCCAUGGUAUUUUAACUAGCAAAGAGUCUGCUUUUAUAUUUGCCAAAAUUCUUGGACAUCCUGGUAAAGAAGAGGCAAAUAUUUCGACGAAUAAUCCUCUUUCAAGGCUAACCAAUAAACCUAGAAUCGGGACGGUAACGUAUCAUAAUCAAAGUUGUAGUAUGUUAAAAUCAGGUAAGAAGGAACGUCAAGAUAAUAGAAAGAAUCGACGGAAAGAAUGCGCCGGUCAAGCAUGUUCCAGAAUUUGUACCUGUUUCGUACGCGUCUUAGCGUGCGUAUUCGAGUAAA